AUGUUUCCACCGAAAACCCCAGCACCCGCGAAUCCAAUCCCCUCCUCCUCGCCCGCCUUUGGAACCCCGGCGCAUACCCUCAAACCCUUCGCUAUCGCGCCAGUCAAGGCCACCAUCCUACCUAUUCUCCUACCACCCGCGACCCUGAGACCAUUGGCCUUCCGAACCUUCACCAAGAAGCACAGCCUGACACUCACGUCGUCGGCACUACAGGAGUUAGCUGCCUUCAUUGGCCGGCACUGCGGUUCAGCAUGGCGCGAAGAAGGUCUAGCAGAGAAGGUGUUGGAGGAGGUGGCAAAGAGCUGGAAGAACCGCAAUGGUGGUGUCAUCGUUGAUGGCGGGAGCCAGGAACUCAAGGAGAUCUUGAAGACCCUCGAGGGUAACAUGAGCGGCGGAAGAGUAGUGACAGGGCGAGAGCUGAACCGGCACAACAGUUUGGCGCUGGACGCAGGGCAGGAGGCUGAUCACACAAACACAAGACUGGGUCUAAGGCCAACCAUGGCUCUAACACGCGAUGAUACUCAGACAAGCUUUGGGAUGUCAGGUCUGGGGGUGGAGGAAGAGGAUCAAGACGACGAGGGACUCAACAACCCGAGGAAGUGGUUGAAGAUAAUAAAUGCAUACGAGCAUCCGCGCAUGCUAUACAACAUUACAAAGAAGCAUUUCGAAAGGGAUCCUUCGAAACCGUCUCUUAUGCCCUCCGCAUCACACAAAACGACCUUAUUCAGGAACAGAUACAAUGUUAUACAUCAGAGGCUACUACGGAACGAAUCAUUCCAAAGCUCGGCAGUGGCCACAACAAAAGGACCACCAUCACUCAAGCGCUCAUCCUCCUCCGUUCUGACCACCCAACAAACGCACAGAAUCACACCGAUAGCCAACCUCCUCGGGCGACAUGGCACACAUCACAUGCUUCUCGGCCUGUUAUCCAUCUUACCUACCGGCAAUUUGGCAAUCAACGACCUGACAGGGACGAUUUCCCUCGACGUCUCACACGCGGUUGCCAUACCCGAAGACUCGGCAUGGUUCACGCCAGGAAUGAUUGUGUUAGUCGACGGCGUCUAUGAGGAAGAAGAGGAAUCGGUAGGCAAGGGUCUGGGCAACAGCAACGGCAUCGGUGGUAUCAUCGGCGGGCGCUUCCAGGGAUUCUUCAUCGGGCAACCGCCUUGUGAGAAGCGAAAAGCCACACUCGGCGUCAGUGGACCAGACGGCGGUCUAGACCACACCAUCGGAGGUGGGUUUGGCUGGAUCGACUUCCUAGGCGUGGGCAGCGAGCGCGCCGUUGGCUCCAAAAUGCGCAAGCUCGAACAGCGCCUCCUCCGGCAAUCCCAAUCAGACCCAGACGUGCCCAGCCGCGGACGGGUCAUCGUAGUGGGCGAGCUGAACCUCGACCAGCCCCGGGCGCUGCAAGCCCUGCGCAAGAUCCUCACCACCUACGCAAUGGAGCCCGAGGGCUCCUCGCCGAUGACGUUCGUGCUCGCCGGCAACUUCACGCAGCACGCCGUGAUGGCCGGCGGCGGCGCGAGCGGCGGCAGCGUGGAAUACAAGGAAUACUUCGACUCCCUGGCCUCUGUGCUUUCGGACUUUCCGACGCUACUGCAAACGUCGACCUUCGUCUUCGUGCCCGGCGACAACGACGGCUGGGCGUCGGCCUUCUCGUCGGGCGCCGCCGUGCCGCUGCCGCGCCGCGGCGUGCCCGAGAUGUUCACGUCGCGGAUCCGGCGGGCGUUCGCGUCGGCCAACGCCGAGGCCGGCACCAAGACCGGCGGCGGAGAGGCCAUCUGGACCAGCAACCCGGCGCGCCUGUCGAUAUUCGGACCCGCGCACGAGAUCGUGCUGUUCCGCGACGACAUGUCGACGCGCAUGCGGCGUACGGCCGUGCGGCUCAAGUCCUCAGAAGCCAACGGCGAUGAUCCCGAGAACGAAGGCCAGGACGCAGACCCGGAAAACGACUCACACACCCCAAAAUCCACCUCCAAGCCCUCAGCCCCAACCACCACCAUUGACCACGAAAACGACAUCGACAUGACCGCCGCCCUCGACGCCACCGACACGAUGGACAUCGACACCACCACCACAAUCACUACCACUACCAACCCCUCCAAACCCGCCACCUCUAAACCCUCCCCCUCCUUCCCGCACGACAUCCAAACCGCCCGCCGCCUCGUGAAAACCGUGCUGGACCAGGGCUACCUCAGCCCCUUCCGGCACGCGAUCCGGCCCGUGCACUGGGACCACGACGCGGCGCUGCACCUGUACCCGCUGCCGACGGCUUUGGUGCUCGUCGACGCCACGGCGCCGCCGUUCGCCGUCACGUACGAGGGCUGCCACGUCGUCAACCCGGGCGCCGUGCUCGUGGCCGGCCGCCGGGGCGUCGGGCGCUGGGUCGAGUAUGAGCUUGGGGGCGCGGGGAGGGUAAGGGAGUGUCUGUUUUGA